CGCGGCCCUGCACCAUCCUGGCCUCAAUAUGCAUUUGGGCGGAGCUUCGGCGGAGGGGAGCCAUUAAUUAAACCGUAGUUCAAUCAAGUUCGCCAUCAUUCCAAUACUUAUACCGGUGUUCACUUCCCUGGGUUAGGCCCUUCAGCCGCUUCCCACCAGCCCGGUCUCCAAUAUGCGCAUUUGCUCAUCUUCGACAACGGUCCUAGCUUUGAGUCUAGGGUUUCCCACCGGUCAUGCGCAGCAUGGAAGGUGGGAUGUCAAAAACUUCAAGAGCCUGGUAACGUUUGGUGAUAGUUACACAGACGAAAAUCGGCUGGGGUACUUUAUCAAUCACAAUGGGUCAGCGCCUCCUGUUGGAUGGGAGCAGCCAGUGGGUCUAAAUACGGCCUCAGGCGGCCUCUCCUGGUCCCGCUACGCCUCUAUCUACUCCGGUGCCAGCCUAUACAACUACGCCGUCUCCGGCGCUGUAUGUUCAAACGCCAUCACCCCGCGCUGGUUUUCUGCCAUCAAUGCGCCAUUCCCAGACAUCGCCGGCUACGAACUCCCCGCCUUCAUCGCAGACUCCCAAUACCGACUCCCGAACGGCACAAGGUUCUUCAAAGGCACGCCCCACGACACUGCCUACGCAAUCUGGAUCGGUACUAAUGAUCUUGGCAACAAUGCUUUUUUGACGGACUCGCAGGUCCCGGGGAAAACGUUGGUUGAUUAUGUCGACUGUGUGUACACGACCAUCGACAAAUUAUAUAAAAACGGCGGGCGGUACUUCGUCCUCAUGAAUCUCGCCCCAUUACAACUCCUCCCGCAAUACGCAGUCCCGUCCAACGGCGGACUCGCUGCAACCCAAUACUACCCGAACAAAGCCGGCAGCAACAUCACGGAAAUCUCAUGGCGCAUGUACGAAUCCGUCGCCACAGCCAACGCCAUCUACCAAUACCGAACUCCUUUCGAAGUUUCGUCGUCUUGGGAUGACGUUAAAAUCGCGAAUUUCGACGUCAACGCGCUUAUCACCGAUAUCUGGAGCCAUCCCAAGGAGUAUUUGAAUGGCACCACACCGGCCAAUGUCACAGGAAUUGUGCAUCAGUGUAAUUUGAAAGGUGGCGAUUGUGUGAAGAAUACGAGCCCGGAUAGCUAUCUUUGGUAUGAUGAGUUGCAUCCGAGUGAACAGGCGGAUCGGGUUAUUGCGAGAGAGUUUGUGGGGGUGCUUGGGGGGAAGAGUAAGUGGGCGACGUAUUGGGAUUAGGUGGAAUGGAGCUUGGUGAGAUGAGGUGCGUGGUUGGGUGGCGUGGUAAUUUUUAAGUAAUACAUGGUUCUUGAGGUAUAACGUGGCAUUUGAGGUUUAUUAGCAUGUAUGACGUUAAGAAGGACUUCGGACCUGGAGGGAUUGAGAGAUGAAUACAUCAUAUGAAGAGAUGGUCGUAGAGGUUUUGGAUGGGGUUGGUGAGAUGAAAUGGUUGUAAAGGAUAUAGGAGAUUCGUUACCCAUCAGCUCAAUCAUAUCUAGCGUUGUGAGUUGGUGAGCGGGAUUCAAAAGGAGCAUGUAUUGGCUGGCUUGCUAGUGUUGAUGAG